AUGUGUGGGAGGGGUGUGGUCAGUGCCAGCUGCACACUGGCCCUGGCCACAGGGGACAUAAAGGGUGUCCGCAGAGAAGCUGACACAGCCUCAUCCAGACUCUGGGAGACCUGCUCGGCCGCAAGCACAGCGCUGGAGAUGAAAAGCCUGCUGCUCACCCUCAUGCUGCUUGGUCUGGGGGCCGCCCUGCCGGCUGAGGGCCCUCUGUCCUUCCUCUCAGAAGAGCUGGAUAUCACAGGGCCCUGGUUCCUGAAGGGUGUGGUAGCCAACAAGAACCUGUUGGAGGAGAACAAGCCCAGAAAGGCAUUCCCCAUGAUGAUGAAGGCCCUGGAACGGGGGAACUGGGAGGCCGACAUCACCUACCUCCAGAAGGGGCGGUGCUAUGAGGAGAGAGUUCUGUUGCAGAAAACGGAGGAGCCUGGCAAAUACAGUGCCUAUGGGGGCAAGAUGUCCGUAAAUGUAGUGGGGCUGUCUGUGCAGGACCACUUCCUCUUUUACACGGAGCAUCUUUUCCACGGGAAGAUGAUCCGUGCAGGAAGCCUCAUGGGGAGGACCCCUGAGGAAAACCGGGAGGCUCUGGAAGAAUUUGAGAAAUUCACACAGCACAAUGGACUACCGAGGGAGGACAUCUUCAUCCCUGAGCAGAGGGAAAACUGUGUGCCCGAGAACGACUAGGCCAGCUGGGUCUGCGCCUCCUGAGUCCACCAUCCUGCCUGCUGCCCCAGCCUCCUGAGCAACCCCUCCCUCCACCACCUCCUGCAACACCCUGAC